AUGGAUGAGGCAGGAACUGCCAACAUUCUGUGGAGAACACUGAUGUGGGCUGCUGUGUUUGCGCUCUGCAUCGUCCCAUCAUACGGGCACUCGCGGAAUGCAGAACACUUUGGAGCUAUAUUCAAGACAAGCCUGCGAGAACGAGACGGGCCUCUGCCGCCACCAAGCGGUUACGAAAUUCUUCCCGAGUUCGCCGAACCAGUUCCGAAUGUCAGUGCUAUCGUUGGCCGUACAGUGAAGCUACCUUGCGUGGUCAACCACUUGGGGCAAUACAGGGUGGCGUGGUUGCGAGUGGCGAGCAACACUAUCCUGACGAUCCACAAGAGCGUCAUCACGCAGAACUACCGCGUCCACCUGAGUCCCUCGGACCGCACCUGGCUUCUUGUCAUCGACAACGUCCAGGAGUCGGACCGCGGUGGUUACAUGUGCCAGGUCAACACGGUGCCCAUGCGCAGCCAGGUCGGAUAUAUCGAUGUGCUCGUGCCCCCGGAUAUCGUGGGAAGCGAGAGCAGCUCCGACGUGCUUGUGCGCGAGGGUUCUAACGUGACGCUUUCUUGCCGAGCCAAGGGCUACCCGGCGCCUCGCAUCACCUGGCGACGGGAGGACGGAACGCCCAUCGCCGUGGGAAACUGGCAGGAGCAGCUCGGAUCUGCAGCAGACAACGUCUCUUAUGAAGGUGAAGAACUGAGCAUCACAAAGGUGAGCCGUCUUCAUAUGGGACCCUACUUGUGCAUCGCAUCCAAUGGCGUCCCAUCGCCCGUCAGUCGCAGGAUCCUACUACAAGUCCAUUUUCCGCCGAUGAUUUGGAUUCCCAACCAACUCAUCGGAGCCCCACUCGGCGGUGAAGUUGUUAUGAUUUGCAACACGGAGGCGUAUCCCAUAUCGAUCAACUACUGGACUCUAGAGAGCGGUGACCUCAUCGCGGAGUCUCCCAAGUAUUCGCUCAAUCGCACUGAGAACGUGUACAAGGUCCACAUGAGGCUGCACAUUAGCCGCAUCGCCCCGGAAGACUUUGGCGCAUACCGAUGCUUUGCCAAGAACUCGCUCGGCUCUACUGAAGGUUCCAUACGACUGUACGAAAUUCACGUUCCGCCAACAUCAAAAGUCAAAGAGCCAUCAACAGCAAGAAUACAGAGCGUUGAAGAAGGAAAACUUGAGGCUUCCGACGCUGCUGUUACCAAGCAUCAAAGCUUCCCGCUGAGGCCGGCGAUGGCCGGUUCUCUGCCAGAGGAUUCAGGGUCAGCGUCGCAGUCAACACAUCCAAGCGUCACUUGCACCUUCGUCUUGAUCAUGAGAUCUUUGGCGUCACUGACAGUGCUGCUGCGUGUGACGUGA